AUGAGUUGUUUUGGACGGAGGUCUAACAAGGCGGCUCGGAUCAAGUAUCUCCAGGCCCAACUGAGGGCAGCAGUCGAAGCAAACGACACCCUGCUGAAGGAGGUCCAGGGAGAGAAGGAUCAGAGGGUCAAGGAGGUCCAGAAAGAGAAGGACCAGUGGAUCCAGGAGGUCCAGAGAGAGAAGGACCAGUGGAUCCAGGAGAUCCAGAGAGAGAAGGAUCAGAGGAUCCAGGAGACUCGUAUCGGAGAAGCUGAGAGCCGUAUAGAAGAGCUCAAGGCCUCGAGUCUGGAUCAGGAGACUGACAUGAAGAGGCAACAUGCAGAGAUGGAGAAGUUAAACAAGGCCCAGAAACAGGUGGAGACCUUUAACUCAAUCCUCAACCAGAAAAAUGUAAUUAUCACAAAACUGCGGGAAGACCUCACUAAAAGCAAAGAGGAGACGACGAAACUCAAGGGAGAACUGCAGAGAAUGACAGAGUUCUGGGAAGAAGCAGAGAAGAUGUCGACCCUUUCAGAGAGCACUGUGUCGGAGCUGAAGACUCAAAUCAAAGAGCUUCAAAACAACGGGACAAAGAAGGAAACAAGCCCCAAACUCCAGGUGAAAAACUCUAUUAAAUUAGACCUGGGGAACAUGGACCGUACCCCCCUGGCACAGUUCUUCGACACUUAUAUCCAGGAGCCUCAACACGAUGCAGCCAAACAUUUCAGACAGAUGCAAGAUUUAAAUGGUUUGUUUGAGCAAAAGCUGCUGUCGAUGCAGAAGAAUCACGACACGGAGCUGGAGACUGUGAGGCAGAGGUCUAACAAGGCGGCUCGGAUCAAGUAUCUCCAGGCCCAACUGAGGGCAGCAGUCGAAGCAAACGACUCCCUGCUGAAGGAGGUCCAGGGAGAGAAGGAUCAGAGGGUCAAGGAGGUCCAGAAAGAGAAGGACCAGCGGAUCCAGGAGGUCCAGAAAGAGAAGGAUCAGAGGAUCCAGGAGAUCCAGAGAGAGAAGGAUCAGAGGAUCCAGGAGGUCGGAGCUCAAAAAGAGGAGAAAACAAGACUGCAGGAGCAGACUCGUAUCGGAGAAGCUGAGAGCCGUAUAGAAGAGCUCAAGGCCUCGAGUCUGGAUCAGGAGACUGACAUGAAGAGGCAACAUGCAGAGAUGGAGAAGUUAAACAAGGCCCAGAAACAGGUGGAGACCUUUAACUCAAUCCUCAACCAGAAAAAUGUAAUUAUCACAAAACUGCGGGAAGACCUCACUAAAAGCAAAGAGGAGACGACGAAACUCAAGGGAGAACUGCAGAGAAUGACAGAGUUCUGGGAAGAAGCAGAGAAGAUGUCGACCCUUUCAGAGAGCACUGUGUCGGAGCUGAAGACUCAAAUCAAAGAGCUUCAAAACAACGGGACAAAGAAAGAAACAAGCCCCAAACUCCAGGUGAAAAACUCUAUUAAAUUAGACCUGGGGAACAUGGACCGAACCCCCCUGGCACAGUUCUUCGACACUUAUAUCCAGGAGCCACAACACGAUGCAGCCAAACAUUUCAGACAGAUGCAAGAUUUAAAUGGUUUGUUUGAGCAAAAGCUGCUGUCGAUGCAGAAGAAUCACGACACGGAGCUGGAGACUCUGUCCGUGGUGCUGAUGGUGCAGGAGCUGUCCAUGGUGCGGGAGCUGUCCAUGGUGCUGAUGCUGGUUGAGGUGGCUCAAGUUGCAUGUAUGGAAUCCAGGAGGAAGCACACCACCAGUCCCUCCACCACCUCCACAAUAGGACGCAGGGGCCCUCCAGUCCCCUACACCUCCUCCACAGAGUCCAGGGCCUCCUGUACCCCUCCUACCUCCGCCACAGAGUCCCCGGGGGCCCUCCAUGUCACCUCCCCACCUCACCCCCCACACGAGUCCCAGUGA